GAAACCCGUCAGAAUGGCUUGAAGGAUGGCGUUCGUCCUGUCAUUUUUGAAAGGACUAUACAAAUCAGCCCCAUCAUGAGCUCCCAGGGCUUUUCUUUUCCUCCCCCUCCUCCGCCUCCACCCCGGCAGCAGCAGCAGCCACCGCAGCAGCAUAACCAUGCGGCGCAGUACGGACAGAACUAUCGUGGCCAACGGGGUGGGCGUGGUACUGGUGGGAAUCCCAGAGGCCGUGGAAGAGGUCAUGGGAAUAGAGGAGGCAGAGGAGGUCACUAUGCAGCACCUUCUCCAACGUACUCCGGGAACGCUGCUCCUCCAUCUGUUGGAUAUGCACCGAUGAACUACGCCGGUUUCCCGACUCAACCGCUGUCUACGACGCCCACACCAGCUAUUGCGGCACCCCAAUAUGGCUCCAAUUAUCCUCCGACGUCGACCGCAUUUACGUCCCCGCAGACCUUUUCCCAACCGACCGCCUCUCCAUACCAACACCAAGCGACGAGCUACGAUGCGUACAAUCAAGCUAUGGGGCAGAUGGCACAGGCAUAUGCGGCAACGCCGUAUCAGCAUGCAUCCCCGCCUAUGCCUUGGGGUUAUGGACAAACUGCGCCUACGGGGACAUUCCCUGGAGCCCAGCAAGGAAAUGCCUGGGGUCCGCCUCCGUUCAACAAUAAUGCUUACGGCAACAACAUGUCCAACGGGGACAAACCAAUGAAGCACCAUAACAAGCGCGACCACUCUUUGGCAUUUGGAAAACCACAGUCAACCGCACCUCGAGUUCCCGCACCGCCUCCCGUUCCGAGCUUUGGAAACCCUCUACCGUCUAAGCCACCGCCGCCUUCGGAUGUUACACGGAAACCCAAGAAAAAGAGAAAGCACAAUCAGCUUGGUCUGACCCCAAAGACGGAAGACCACGAAUCUAGCGAGGAGGAUGACGAUGUAGACGAAGAGUCAAAGCUGGCAUCUGGGGGCGGCGGAGCUAUUAAUGCAACGCUUCGUUUUACCUACAGAGGCCGCACCGCAACACUCAAGACGCCAGAGGAUAUCGCGGCUUGGAUUGAAGAGCGGAAGAAGCGAUUCCCAACCCAAGCCAGGGCCGAAGAAAGGAAGAAGGCAAUGGAGGAGGCAAAGAAAGCCCGGGACGAAGCUAUGAAACAGAAGAGAGAAGCACGACAACAAGAGAUUAAGCGGCCGCAGAAAGACACCCGAGAGCGACAGCAGCAACGCACGUCAGGAGAUCCAGUCGAUGCAGUGGCCAAGGCAAAGGAGAAGGCUGAUAAGCUACGUCGGAAACUCGAGCGGGAGCAGAAACGGGUUGUCAAAGCCGAAGCAGACGCAGAGCGGGCUCGACUCAAGGUGGAAGAACAGCGAAAGGAAUCGACAGGUCUCAGCAAAGAUGGAGAUGUGUCUCAAGAAGCCCAACCGUCAGCCACCCCGGCGGGACAUGUCUCGGGCGAACCAGGCAAACCAGUUGCUAAAAUGGAAGCGGCCGAAACCAGCCCAUCUUCUGAUACGCCAGAUGAUAGCGAUUGGACAUCUUCAAGCGGAUCUGACUCGCCGGACUCGGAAGAAAGCGAUGAUGAGGAUGCUGAUGGUGACGACUCGGCGCCGGAGGAAACGACUUCUCGUCGCGAAGGCCCGGAAAAAGUACCACCACCACCCCGUACGAAUGUCAAGAAACGAGUAUGCCGCCACUUUGCUCGUAACGGACGGUGUCUACGAGGGGACAGUUGUAACUUUUCGCAUGAAUUGCCGGAGCGGAAAGCCAAAACAAAGCCAGCAGCGCCGCAGCCAAAGGAGAAGGGCCGGAAAGGACUGUUGCAUAAGCUACUUGAUCGUCAAGAAGAGGACGACAAUCAUCGGAUCAUGGAAGCGAUCAUGGCUCUAGGGGAGAACGGAUUACUGGAUGAACCGGCCGUUCCGAAGAAUCAUGGAGAACCUCCGGUUCCUGUCAACGGAAAUGCCACAAAUAAUGUAUCAGACAAAGAUAACGCUGCUGCUGCAGCCGCCACUGCUGUCAUUGAGCCCGACAGUCAAGCCCCAGAAAGCCAGGGAAAAAUCAUAGCCGGUCCAUCGCCGACGGCCCACGGAGAUGUCGCCUCCGCUGCGGCAACUUCGUGAUUAUUUUUGGCAAUUGUACUUUAAUCGCUAACUUACUUUGUACACUAUUUAGAUACCUUCUGUUUAGAAAAAAACCUUAUUGAUAGACCGAAAAUUCUCCUCAGGC